AUGAUUAACGAAUUCUUAGAUUUCUGUCAAAAAAAUGAUGGACAUGAAAGAAAUAGACUACUGCCAACAAGGAAAAAAUGGAAGGAAGUCGAAGACGAGUUGCUAUUAAAAGCAAUAAGAAAAUAUGGAACUCAAUGGACUAAAAUCCAAGAUGAGAUUCCAUCUAAGGACUCAAGGCAAUGUUAAGCAAGAUGGAAAAUACUCAAGCAUAAAGAAGAAACCCUAAUGAGAUUAGAAGCCUUAGCAAGAGAAGACUUUUCUGAUAAAGAUAACCACUUACAAAAGAUGAAAAAAUAAAUGAAAUAAAGAAAAGAAAUACCCAGAAGAUAUAAUCCUAAAUUUGAUUACAACGAAGACUCCUCUAGCGAAUCAAUGCAUUUACAAUAAUUUUAAGAAGUGUUAGCUAAAUAACCAAAUAAAUUGUUACAAAUUCAAUAACAACAACAGCAGUAACAGCAGAAGAGAGAACAAUACUAGAAAUAAGUGUAAAAUCAAUACUAGAAUGUCUGGAAUGCCAUGGAUGAUAAAAUGCUUUGGAUAGCAUAUAAAAUAUAUAAAGGAGCAUGGAAUCAAAUCACUCCCAGAUUCCAAGAGAAGAACCCACAGAGCUGCAUAGACAGAUAUUAAUAUUUAUUGUAAUAGAAGAAAAUAAAGUUAUAGGAAGAUACUUCAUCAGUGGAUGUGAUAUCAUCUCCGAAUGAUAUAGAUAGUUCAUAAGAUGGAUCAGAACAAUUUGAUAUCUCAGCCAGUGAAGAUGAGGAUUCAACAGAUUUAUAGCGGUCUGAUUGCAAAACAUUACAAACAAAAUAACAAUAGUACAAAGGAGCUUACACAGUAUAGCAAUGUCAUACCAACAUCGAAAGAAUUUUGAAAUCCUUUUCCAAUCAUAAUUUAGAUACUCUGCCAGGCAUAAGAGAAUCCAUAGUCAAACUUAUAUUAACUGAUUGA